CUGCGGUGCCGUACCGGAGAGGACAGAGGAACUAGAGCGGAGGAGCAGGCGGACCGCGGAAGGAGGAGAGCGGUGGCGGUGCUCCAUCAGCACCACGGACAGCAGCAUCACUCCCUCAUCAGCACCACAGACAGCAGCGACCCAACCCUAACAGGGGAUGAGUUGCUGGACGGCCGCUCUGGGAAAGGAUUCAAUUUGGACCUCCGGCACCUGAAAAGUGUUGCCCUUUGUCCUCUCCGGUACGGCACUGCAGUCCAGUGCUGGUCCCGUUCAUCCUCCAUCAUGAUCUUCCUCAGGCGGAUGGCUUCCUCACAGAAAAUUGAAAUUGCAGAGGAGAUCCUUCUGUGGAGCCGCUCUCUCUGCCUGUGGGGGGGGGCAGUCAUCGGGAUGACAGGCUUAAGUCCACGUCAACUGCUGCUGGGACUCGUCAGGGGACGGGGACCGGGUUUCUGCUUCCAUCACCAUCAGCUGGCUCCAUGUUCCCAAUCAGGGAGAGAGAGCGCCCCCCUCCAGGAGGACGACAGAAAUCCACAUGCAGGGACACUAUGGAGCCAGCCGGACGGCGGGUCCACAGACGGCUGGAAAUCGUGUGCCAACGGCUCGCCGUCUGACGCUACGCUGCACGGGAAGCUGCUCGUCUACAACGACCCCCAGAGGGCCGCCAUUCACCAGGGAACCAACCUGAGAGGAGAGGGGGGGGUCCAGGCCCCGCCGCCCGGUUCUGGUCUGUGCUUCAGGCUGUUCUACGUGAGUCCGGACUGGAGCUCCGGGCCGGUGGGGGGGCAGUGGGUCAGGACCAUGCUGCCCAUGCUCUACCCGGGAAUCACCUCCCACCUGCAGAUGAGCCACAAGAGAGACCCCACAGGCUACUUCUGA